UUUUUUUUGGCUGGAAUAUUUUGUGCAAUUCAGUUCGUCAUGGCAUCUUUUCAAAGUGAUGAUCAAAUUCAAAGUGAUCACACUUCUAUUGCCAGCAAUACUGAACAUGCGCCAGUCAACGAUCGAAAUGAUAACAAUACUGCUAAUUUACCCAUGACCUUGAGAGAUGAAAAAAGAAGUGACCUAAACGCCGCUUUAAUUGGAGAAUCAGAAGCUGAUCUACACAAAUAUCUUGUUGGCUGUAGAAAGAAUCCAGGUCAUACACAGUUUAUACCUAUUGAUACAUUCACAAUGAAACAUUUACCCGAGGGUAAUCAAGACGAUGAUUUGUAUGAGCUUAUCAAAGUUACAGCUGACCUAACAGUUAGAGUUGGUGUAACUAUAGCCAGUCCAGACAGACCAGAGUUUUGGCCAGAGACAACUCAACCAUAUCCAUUUUACAAUAUGAUGAACAGAAGUAACUUGAGGAUAGGAAGUGGCAGAGUGUGGAGAGUAAGUCAGUACCAAGAUGGACUCAGUACAAGCGGAAGUACACACUGGGGGUACACUAAAUGUUGGUGUAGAAAAUGUGAAGCUUCAGAAUCACCAAGCAAUGUGUGGUGGGAGUUUGAUGUUGAAGCAGCAGCACAUGUCGUGUUUGAUGAUAUUGAAGCAUCGCAAACGACCUUAAGACUUUUCUACGAUAGAAAUGAUAGUCCAGUGGUCAAUCUUGAUAAAGUCAGAGUUUAUAAUGUUAACAUUGAACAUGACACGUGUCCAAUGAAAUCAGUUACUUGUGACCAAAAUGUAGGUAGAAAACUAAAUGAGUUGUGUCUCCAUUGCAAAGAUAUCUGGGAAAAAGUCUGGAACAAAUAUAGCAAAUCUAGAGAUGAGCAAAGGUUGACCUUUCUUGUUGCACAUCCUCACGGAUGUUCUAAACAGGUCAGUGUUGGUCGGUGGAAAGAUAAAAUACAGGUAGAUGAAGACAGGUAUAAAUUCACUUACACAACAUGUACAUGUCCUGGAAGUAGUGGUGCCGCAGUGUUCUGUCUGGGGUAUAGAGGGUGGUGGGGCUUAAAUCAAUGUUUACAUUCAGGAAGUUUGAAAUCUAAAAUAAAUUAUUCUGGAGUUAGCUCGGAUUUUUAAUUGAUAUAAUUUUAGAGAAAGAGCCAUACCAAAUUUAAUUUUUUUUUUUCGUUAGAGAAAUAUAAUUUUUUGAACUGAUUUCCAAUAUUUUCUGAGAAAGAUAUAUUUAAAUAAAUGUAAUUUUGUCUCGAAGUUAUUUACUACCUCAAAAUGACUUUUAAGUUUAAGAAAAAC